AUGAAGCUUCUGACUCACAUGAAGCUUCAGACUCACAUGAAGUUUGACUCACAGGAAGCUUCUGACUCCCAUGGAGUUUCUGACUCACCAAGACAUGAAGCUUUUGACUCACUAGUAUAUGAAGCUUUUGACUCACGAGGAUAUGAAGCUUUUGACUCACUAGUAUAUGAAGCUUUUGACUCACGAGAAUAUGAAGCUUUUGACUCACUAGGAUAUGAAGCUUUGGACUCACUGGGAUAUGAAGCUUUGGACUCACUAGGAUAUGAAGCUUUUGAUUCACUGGGAUAUGAAGCUUUUGACUCACGAGGAUAUGAAGCUUUGGACUCACUAGGAUAUGAAGCUUUGGACUCACUAGGAUAUGAAGCUUUGGACUCACUAGGAUAUGAAGCUUUUGACUCACUGGGAUAUGAAGUUAUUUACUCACUAGGACAGGAAGCCUUAGGAAUAUGA